GAUUUCCUGAAAUGCUUGCUUUUCCAGCCAAUCAGAGGAAAGCUGCAGGUAGAUGCACAGAUUAAGCGGGGACACGAGUAAUCUGCAGUGCGGCGUCGAUCGUCACGGCUAUUCCUACCGAUCAAGACGGUCUGACGAAUUGCACAGGGACAGUCGACAGCAUCAUCGCGCUGGCUUUCGUGAUGGUGCAGCGGCGUGCGCGUUCUCGCAGCGACAGAAGACUUGUGCAUGUACAAAGCGUCAUCUCCCGGCGGCAGCUCCAGUGGCUCGCUUGUAAAGCGUUCUACACGGUGUUUCAGCGCGCGCAGACGAAGCAUGGUGCUUUGCUGGCAUGGCUCGAAGCGUCACUCAAGGCGGCUCGCAUCUCUGAUGCAGCGGAGAGAGAUUUGCUCGAGGCGGCUGCUAGUGCUUGGCAGCGAAGAUAAGAGACGCUGAUCGUGCUUCGCGGACGGCAAGCUGGCUGCGGUGUGACGGCCUUCAAACCAGUGCCUUGAGCUUCAAAGCAGCAAAGCAGGC